AUGCCAGUUCCAACUAGUACUUUAAUUAAAACUGAGGAAGAGGAAAGAGCAAUCAGGUUAGCAGAACAGCAACAAGUUUGGGAGAGACAAAGAUUGGAAUUUGAAGAAAGAAGAAGACGCGCAGAAUCGCAAAGAAUUGGAUCUCCUUUCAAACACCCAUGGUGGACUGCCUUUACUGAUGCUGGUCCUGAACCUAGAUGCUUAGAUGAAUGGUUGACAGUUGAGAUCUCCAAUUCAAUUAGAGAGAAACCAGAUUGGAAAACCAAGUACAAGAAUGAAGAGAUUGUUACUAAAUGGAAACGAGAAAUUAAAGAACAAUGUCAAGACAAAACCAAAUAUUUAGAUCAAAUAAUUGAUUAUGUGUUUAAGGAAUUACAAUGGUACGAAGAUGUGGAAAAGGAUUUAAACACGUUUCAAAUUGGUUGUGAUUACAGAAUUGCAUACUCUGAUGGUGCUGUCAAUGAGACUUUAAAAAAGAGUUUCUCAAUUGGAGCUCAAAAAUUAGUGGAAUCAUUUGGAAGUAACAUUGACUAUCAUCCAGGAUCUCACAAUCAAGUUAUUGAUUUAGUUCAUCCUUCUUUAUACAUUGUUCAAUAUGAUAAAACCCCAGUUUUGAAAAAUGGACAAUUAGAAAUUGUCAAAUAUGGAGAACAAAUUGAACAUGCAAAACCUGGUGUUGAUCAAUAUGGUGUUUCUAAACGAUUCCAAUGGAUCCCUGCACUUAUGACUAAAAAUUCAAAUGGGAAAUUUGAGUUUGGCUCUUAUAUCAACAAUUUACAUCCUAUCAAAUAUAAAGAUUUGUAUGAUUCCAUUAGUGAUAUUUUUAAUGCCGCUGUUCCAGGUUUGAAUUGUGUAUUGACCAGAUACGCGUCACAAGAGUUUGUUCGUAUUCCAGUUCCUAGAGGCAGUGAUGCUUACACUGAUGAGUACCAUAAAGAACGUGAAGAAUUGGAUGCGAUAUUGGACCGUGAAGCAGAAGAAACAGGCAAUGAUUAUGAUUGGGAAAGAAUGGAAGAGUUUGAAAAGGAUAAACUGAAAUAUCUUUGUGAAUUAAUUCCUGCAUGGGAACAAGCUCCGGUUUUUGAUAAACCAAUUGAUCUUUCCACAUUUGAGAAUUUAAAAGUUAUUGUGAAAUUGAUAAAUAUUGAACUCACACCCGAAAACCCUUCCUAUGCCGGUGGGUCAUGGCACGUUGAAGGUGGAAUCAACGAAGAUAUUAUUGCAACCGUAUUGUAUUAUUAUGAUGUUGAGAAUAUUACUGAAUCAAGACUUUCCUUCAGAACUGGAUUUGAUGAUCCUAAUUAUGAACAAGGCGACGAUUUUUAUACAGAAACAAUUUUCGGAAUAAAAGAUGAAAAGGUUAUGGUUAGAGAAAUUGGCGGAAUUGAAGCUAAAGAGGAUAGAGUUGUUGUGUUCCCAAAUAUGUUUCAACAUCAUGUUGAUCCUUUUGAAUUGAAGGAUAAAACUAAGCCUGGUCAUAGAAAAAUCCUUUGUUUUUUCAUUGUUGAUCCAUACAAUCAUAAUGUCAUUAGUACUGAUAAUGUUCCACCUCAACAAAAAGAGUGGUGGGAUGAUUCUAGUUUAGAUUAUUUGUUCCCUGGAAAUUUGAAACAACAAAUCUUAGACUUAAAAGGAGAUGAAUCCUCUUGGCCAAUGACUUUAGAACAAGCAAAAGAAGCUAGAGUUGCCUUGAUGGAUGAAAGAUCUGCAAAAGGUGAAGGUGAUGAAUUCGAAGGUGCAUUUACAAGAAGUUUUUCAUUAUGUGAACAUUAA